GGCAGUGUGGGGGAGGUGGAGACCGGCUAAAGCGGUGACGGCUUCUCAGCCACCACCACCGCCACCAUCCUCAUCAUCCUCCUCCUCGUCGUCGUGUCCGUGUCUCGCCAUGGCGAGCGACGCGUGUGCCCACGGGCUGCUGAGGCGCGCGGGGGAGCUGCUGCUGCUGCUGCCGAGCGAGGCCCGCGCGGGUCCCGGCGAGGAGAAGCCCGCGGCGGCGGCGGCGCCGCUUCUGCCGCUGCUGGUGCUGGGGGCCGCGGCGGCGGCGGCGGCGUUCGCGGGGUUUUACCUGCGGCGCGCGGCCCAGCGCCCCAUGCUGGUGGCGAGCGCCGGGUUCCGCCGCUUCCUGGACGACCACUGCCCCAUGGUUCGCGAGAAGUUCUACCCCACCUUCUGGUGCACCGACGGGCGCGCCCAGACGCUCGUGCGCGUCCUGCUCAAGACGCCGGUCCCCGUGCACUACCGCAACGAGCUGAUCCGCACGGCUGACGGCGGCCACAUCUCCCUCGACUGGGCGGACAACGACACGAGCGAGCGGCACCCGGACGGGGCCACGCGGCCCACGCUGCUGCUGCUGCCGGGCCUCACGGGCAGCAGCAGGGAGAGCUACAUGCUCUACAUGGUGCGCACCGUCCUCUCCAUGGGAUACAGGUGCGUCGUCUUUAACAACAGAGGCUUCGGCGGGGAGACGCUUCUGACCCCGCGUACGUUCUGCGCUGCUGACACGGAGGACCUGGAAGCGGUGCUGGACCACGUGCGCUCCCUCCUGCCAGACGCCCCCCUCGUGGGCACCGGGGUGUCCCUGGGAGGAAUGCUGCUGCUGAACUACGUUUCGCGCUCGGGCAGCGAGUGCCGGCUGAGUGCCGUGCUCACGCUGUCGGCGGCGUGGGACACCUUCGCCAGCUGCGACUCGCUCGAGCGCCCGCUCCACUGGCUCCUCUUCAACCGCUUCCUCACCAGCAACCUGCGCAGGACCGUGCACAGGCACCGGGAUGUGCUGGCCUCCAAGUUUGACAUUGAGCACAUUAUGAAGGCGCGCACGAUCCGCGAGUUCGACCAGCGCUUCACCGCUCCCAUGUUCGGCUUCGCGACCAUAGACGACUACUACCACGCGGCGAGCCCGGCGCACGCCGUGGCGACCAUCCGCGUCCCCGUGCUGUGCCUCAACGCCGCCGACGACCCCUUCUCCCCCAUGCACGCGAUCCCCGUGGAGGCGGCGCGGUCAAACCCGCGCGUGGCGCUGUUGGUGACGUCGUGCGGCGGCCACAUCGGAUUCCUGGAGGGGCUGGUGCCGCGCGGGCGCAGCUACAUGGACCGCGUGUUCGCCGAGUUCACGCGCGCCGCCCUGGAGCACGCCCGCGAGCUGGAAGAGCUCACGGGCGAAGGGGGAGCAGGAUGUGAAGGAGUUGAAGGAGUUGAAGGAGGAUGUGAAGGCGUUGAAGACGACGUAUGGCAACGGCGAAGGAGCCUCGUCCACUGAGUCGCUCGCAGUCUCGCCCGCUCGGACGCAUGCGACACGCACGUACUCGCUCACGCUUACAGACCCUCGCGCAGAUCUCGCUCGCACGCGCACACUCCCGCGCUCGCCCACUCGCUCGCACAGACUCCCCGCACCCACGCACUCGCUCGGUCGCACACAAGCUGGCACGCUCGGUCGGGGACGCUCGCACGCUGCCUUGCUGACAGACGCUCGCACGCUCACGCCUUGAUUUUCACACCCAUGCACACGCUCUCACUCGUACACACACGCGCGGCCUCUUGCACACCCGCCGGCUCGCCCUGGCUUGCACACUCGCAGACUCGUUCACAAUGCAGACGCUCGCACGCACACCCACCAACAUACCAACACACACACCAACAGACACACACAAACACACACCAACACACACACCAACACACCAACACACACACCA